UAAGGAGUAGCGGCGUGGAGGAGGACUUUGGGAAGACAAGGGCAUCUGGGGAGGGAGAGAGCAGGCUGCAGACCCAGAGGGAGGGCGAACAAGAAGCCAGAAGGAAGGAGAGAAGGGAGGAGGGCCGGCAGACGCCGGGAAAGCAACAGGGCUCGAAAGGGAACCUGGGUGGAAAGAAGACACUCAGGAGACAGGAAGUGAGGCAGAGAUGAAGCUAAAGGGGUCUCUGGCCUGCCUCCUGCUGUUCCUGCUCCUGGGCAGCGGGGAGGCUAGCCCGCUGCAGGGUGGAGAGGAGGACGCCGGGAGAGAAGUUGGGGAAUCCGUUGGGCAUGGGGUGGGGGAGGCCCUUGGACACGUGGUGGGAGAAGCCGUCAUCCACGGAGUCGAGGAGGCCAUUGAACGAGGGACUGGAGAGAAAGCAGGCUUGGGAAUCAGGGAGGCCAGGGACCCCCACUUGGGGGAUGCUCUUGCCCACAAGCUUAAGGAAGCGAGCCACGCUCUUGAAAACACUGGGAGCGAGGCUGGCAGACAGGCUGAGAAUAUCAUCGGACAUGGAGUGGACCCUGCCCACAGCUCCUGGCAGGGGACUCCCGGCAGCAACGGAGCUUGGGGUACCCAUGGGCAGCCUCCCUCCAGAGGCCAUGGCAUCCCUGGCUCUCAGGGCGGCCCUGGAGGCCCAGGGGACACCCGGGACCACGUGUUCUCUGGAGGCUCAGGUGGCCGCUUUGGAGCCAAUGCUCAGGGAGGCCACAGAGGGCCAUUCAACCUGGGGGCCAACCCUCAGGGAGCUGCAACCCAACCUGGUUCAGUGAGAGGCAGCAGCAACAGAAAUACAGAAUGCACCAACCCCCCUGGCUCAGGUGGAAGCUCUAGCAACUCUGAGGGAAGCAGCAGCAGUGGCGGCAGCAAUGGCGGCAGCAGUCAUGGUGGCGGCAGCAAUGGCGGCAGCAGUCAUGGUGGCGGCAGCAGUGGCGGCAGCAGUGGCGGCAGCAAUGGCGGCAGCAGCAGUCACGGUGGAGGCAGCGGUGGAGGCAGCAGCGGCAGCUCCGGGUCCAGCGGGGGAUACAAUCCCAACGCCUCCUCGGGGAGCAGGGUUGGAAGCAGUGGCGGAAACAAACCCGAGUGUGACAACCCACACGGGUCCGGGGGAUCUGGGGGUCAGGGGCAGGGCUCUGGUGGAGAAGGCGAAGCUGUCAGUGGAAUCAACACCUUGAACUCUCAGACAUCUUCUGAGCCCUUCAACUUCGACACUUUCUGGAAGAAUUUUAAAUCCAAGCUGGGCUUCAUUAACUGGGAUGCCCUAAACAAGGGCCAGGCCCCACCCCCCAGCACUCGUGCCCUCCUCUACUUCAGGCGGCUCUGGGAGGAUUUCAAACACAACACUCCUUUCUUGAACUGGAAAGUCAUUACUGAGGGCGAGGACGUGCCAUCGCUUCAGAAGAGGGCAGGUGGGGCUGGCCAGCCUGGCACAGGAUGGCAAGAUGCAGUAGCUGUGACUGCUAAGAACUACAAUUACAACCAGCAGGGACCCCCUACAGCCCUUGGCGGGCAGUACCCAGCCAAGACCCCUGCUAAGGGGGGAGUCACGGUUUCUUCCUCGGCUUCCCGGAUGCACCCUGGCCUGCUGCAGUGGGUGAAGUUUUGGUAGAUCUGGGAGUGGCCGGCGUUCUACCAUCUUCUCUUUUCUUCUGGACAACCACUUCUGACCGCGACUGAGGCCCUGAGAAACAUGAGUCGUCAAGGGACCAGACUGUGCCCCUGCCCCAGCCCUUGGUCCGCGUGCCGACACCUGCCUUUUCUAGCUUGGAGUCCUGCCUGCCUGUCCCUUGUCUGCUCCCGCACACGGUGGUGAUGUCUCCUUGACCUCCAGUCUCGGGGAUACCCCAGCCGUUUCUGCACCAGCUCCAUUCUGUGACCUGAAGUCACCGUGACAAAAAUUCAGGAGGAGCGUCCUACUUUAGAGUUUCUCUGUGGAAAUAAAACAUGAAUCUUGUAUCCCUAA